AUGGUUCAACUAUCGUCAUUAGUUCGUUUUACACCACAGCAUCAGCAACAACAGUCAUCACCAUCAUCCACCAAUAUGCCUCCUUCUCUUUUACAUCCGUCGAUGGUACAUUCCAACAUGCAUCAGCAACAAGCAUUUGUAUCAACAUUCCAACUAUUCGUUAAUAUCACAGCAUCAAUUCCAUCACUAAUGACUAAUCCAACAGGCUCAUCAACCCCAAUAUCAACACAGACAAAAAGAGGUCGCAUAGAUAUCAGUGGUGCUUCAAAAUUAAGCAUAGAGUUACGAUCUUAA